AUGGGCGCAACAACUUCUUCUCCUGCUGAGAUUAAGCAGUUUUGUGAUAUCAUAGAGAACAUGAACAAGGAAGAUUUUAUUGAAAACGAGCCAAUUAUUCAAGCUGCUGGUAAUAUUCGCACUCUUAACUGUAUUUCAAAUGUCGAGUUCCAAAAAUUCUAUUUAAAGGAACCAAACAACAUUAUCAUGCUUAUCAUACAUUGUAUCAAUACUUUAUACGGUGAAAGAAAGCUGAGAACAGUUUUAGGAGCAGUUUUAAUCUUAUCUAAGCUUUUACCAGUCAUUGGAGUUUCGUACAAUGAUAUUUCAGAGCUUGCAUGGCUUCUUGAUGGUGAAGAAUCAGUUCUUGAAAGAUUAAUUAAGGCAAUAAAAGAAAUGUGUUUCCAACCUGGAAUUAUGAUGUCUUCUACAGCUACAGAUCCAACAGUUUGGAUUUGGGAAAAGCAGGACUUUGAUUUCGAGAACUCUAGGUUCGACAGCUUAGCCAUUUUAAACUUUGCAUGCAGCUACGAAUAUUUCUUCGAAAAUAAUCCAGAAUACCAUGAAAAGAUCAAGAAGAUCUGCCAAUGGGAACCAGAACCAGGCAAAUACUUCUUGCGCGCAAUUAUGGGUGCAUUAACUCACCAUUUCUCAAGAUUCUACCCUCUCGUCCUUAAUUAUCUGAACUGGGCUCUUAGAAACGAUCCGAACAUCAUAGUUGCUGCAGUUUCAUCAAAUACUCUUGAAAUCUUGAUAGAUUUGGCAUAUUCUCAAAUAGAAAAGCUCAAUUCUCUCAUCAGUUUCUCUCCGAAUGUCGAAGCCAUCGAAGUCGACUUAAUUAUCGCAAUUUUACAAAUAAUCCUUCAUCAUCAGAAAGCUAAGUACGAUAUCAAGAAAGUAUUACUCAUUAUCCUCAGAGCUCUUAUUCUCGCUAACGAUCUUGGCCACGUUACCACUACACAACGCAUUUACCUUACAUUACUUCUUUUAGUGACUUCCAACAAGUCCUCCAUCGAAUUUCUUGCAGAACCACUUACGUUAUCCCUUGGUACUAAGAAAGCUCCGCAUGGAGACACACUUUCUUUGGCGAUUUUGGAAGCAACAUUUUAUGUCUUUAUGAAUCCCAAAGGAAAAGAGCUCCGAACACUCUGUUUAGGUGUUAUCCAUAACAUUGCCACUACAUUUGUCCAGAGCAAACCAGUUCUUCCUGAAAUUAUUGUUUCAUUAAUCCAAAAAACAGGAAUUAGAGAGAAAAACGAGACCCAAUUCAAGUCCACAUGCACAAUUGUGUCCCGUGUUGUCACUUUCGGUGAAGAUAAGGACAAGAAGAGAGAAGAUAUCAAGAAAUCCAUUCUGAAAAUCUACGAUUUACUUGAAGAGAACCAAAAGAAGUUGUUCGAUGAAGUCAUCGAGAUGAAAGACCUUACAGAAGAUUUCCCAAUGACGUUGACAAACGUUAAACCUCAUUUUAACUGUGUCAGAUUCUAUUUGAAGCAGUUGUUCAUGUUUAGGAACAAGAUUUCACUGUUUUCUCUGAAGAAGAACCUUCCUCCUCCAAAGGCUGCUCUUUCCAAACCUGCUCCUCAGAAACAGAAAGCGAAAGAAGUGAAGAAAGAAGAGGAAAAACCUAAAGAACAAGAACAAGAAAAGAAAGAAGAAAAUGAAGAAAAAGAAGAACAACAAAGUCAACAAAUUGAACUUCCUGAACCUAAAUCUGAUGUCGAAGAUCAGGAUAUGGAAGAAUCCGGAGAAGAAUCAAAUGAAAUUUAA